UCAACCGUAACUUUAACCAUUGCCUUUACAGGGAGAAUUCAAGCCUGGGAUCAGGGAGGUAUUUACACCAAUGAUAAGAGUGAAUCCACAACAACAGGAAUAGGAGUAUCUGCUACUCAAGGUGUACUUCUCACACAUUUUGAAGUUUCUCUUGCUCGAUUGGCUUUCCCUUGUCCAGAUGAUCCUCAACAAUAUCGUCUCAUUUGGCAACUUCAGUCAUUACAACUUCCUUCACUUUACAGUUUGGUAACAAGUAAUACAUCAGAGAUCAUGAAAAAAACAAUGGGAAAUAAAGGUAUACAAUACUCUUUUGCGCCUAUUGGUCCACUACCGGCUUAUGUUUUGGCCUUUGCGGCUUUUUCUGGUUCUGUAGAGGUAGUAGAAACGACCUUGCAUACCCGUAAACCAUUAUCCACAUUAGUAGAGGAUAAUAAUAAGAAUAAUAAUAAUAAGUGUAAUACCAUGGGAAUAAGAAAUUACAAUAAUGUAGAAACCAUUCUACCAUUACGUGUUAUUACAUCCAAAACGAGUGGAGUUAGUUUAUCCAUGUUGAAUCAAAUUGCAUAUAUAGCUCAGGAAGCUGUACGUUUAUUGGAAGAUUUUUUUGCUGCACCCCUUCCAUUACAACAAUUACCCUUUUCAGAGAACUUUGAACAUCAGGAAGAAAUGCUUACAAUUGUUGUUGCCCCCACCAUGCCUUAUAUAUCAGGUAUGGAACACCACAGUUGUAUAUUUCUUAAUGAAACUAUAUAUCGUACAUCACAGAACAACAAUAACAACAACAACAGCAGCAGUGGUAGUGGUAGUAGCGGUAAUAGUAACAAUAAUAACAAUACCAAAGGGUCAUCUAAACAGCAAGCAACAAGUAGUGAUGAAGUCAGUCGAGUAGAACUCAUUGUACAUGAACUUGCACACCAUUGGGUUGGAAAUGCUCUAGGUAUGCCUUUUGUUUUAAAAGAAGGGGUUUGUCUAUUGUUGGAGCAGUGCUUUUGUGAUAUAAUCAUGGGAAAACCGAUGCGAAAGAUAAAACCAUCAGGUGAUACUUUAUCCUCUACUUUUAUUACUCCUGCUCCUUCUGUUUCUACCACAUCCUCUCGUACAGAAUCUUCUCUCACAGUUUCUACUGCAACUACUGUAGUGGAUACAGAGAAAGGUAAAGAGUUUACAGGAUACUCUUAUCAAAAGGCGUUAAAUACUCUGCGGGAUGUGGUUAGUAGAAUGGGGUUUUCCACGUUUAAGGAGCGUAUGCAAUAUAUGUACUUUAAUGAAGUGAUGAAACAUAGUGAAAAUUGUGGUGAAGAAGAUUAUAAUUCCCAUUUCUCUGUGAAGGAUUACCUAACACCGUAUGUUAGAGCAGAUGAAUUCUUGGCAUAUAUGGGAACAUGA